AAUUUCUCUUAGUUUAUUGUGUGCCGAACUCCACCACUUGCACAUUUAAUGUACAAACAACGAACAAGUACACCAAAGUCCCAUGUCGACCUCAUCCCUCCCAUUUGUAAUCUUUUGGAGAGUUGCUUAUGAUCUUAUCAAGUCAUAUAAAUUGGAAGCAAAAGGCAUUUCAUAGAACAUAAAUCUAAUAAUUCGUGGGUUCAUUAACUACUGGAUGCACUUGCAACGUUAAGUUUCGUUGCAGUAUGUCUACUUCUUCUUCCUCGUCACUUCCUCGAAAUGGUUUUCUUGAGCACGAAAGUUUCGAGGAAUUCUUCGAGAUUUGGCUGUGUGAGCAAAAUCGAUACCUCAAAGACCUCAUUUCCGUAGUCGAAAACCAAAUGCAGCAGGAUGUCGACACGCUCAUCGACGAUGUUGUUCGACACUACGAGAAUUACUACAAGGUGAAGUCAUGUUGGGUGGAGAAAGAUGUAUUGCACAUGUUGAGGCCCUCCUGGAGAUCAUCCCUUGAAGACGCAUUCCUUUGGCUUGGCGGGUGGCGGCCGAGCAUGGCUUUCCAUCUGCUCUACUCCAAGUCGGGGAUGCAGCUCGAGGCACAAUUGUCAGAGGUCCUUCGCGGCCUCCCCACCAACGACCUGGCCGACAUCUCUUCCGACCAACUCAUUCAAAUCGACGAGUUAAAGAGGCACACCAUAAAAGAGGAGAAAGAGACCACAGAGAAGAUGGCUAAGCAUCAAGAGACUAUAGCGGAUCGGUCGAUGGUCGAGAUGUCUCACAUGGCGACCAAGUCUAUAAUGGAAGGAGAGUCACGUGAGUCCCCAAUGGAAGGCAGGCUGAAGAUGGAACUUGAAAGGAAAGAGGAUGGUUUGCCGGAGGUUCUUCACAUGGCUGAUGAAUUGCGCCUAAAAACACUGAAGGGCAUUCUUGGAAUUUUGACCAAACCACAAACGGUACAUUUCUUGAUGGCUGCUGCGGAAUUGCACUUGAGGAUUCAUGAUUGGGGAAUACAAAGAGACUACUUGAAGCACUAAAAACAAAGAAAUCCCAAUAAAAAUUUUUCCUACACUUCAAAAAAGUUUUUAUCCCCUCUAAAGUUUUUUAUCCCCCUCCUUUUUACGGUAGCAUAUCACUCAUUACGUCUAUUACUCAUAAACUAUAUCAAUAAUAGAUUAUAUCAUUGAUUAACGUUUAUCAUUGAUAUAGCCUAUUAGUAAUGUAGUAUGUCGGACUAUUUUAGUCUUUUUUAUGAAUGGAUUUGAUUCA